CGUUGUGCGGGUCGCGCGCGCGCACGUGCGUUGUGCGGGUCGCGCGCGCGACCUGAUCCGAGGAGUUUCCUUGAAGUCGUCGUUUGUCAGGCAGCGGCAUGUCGUGCCGAGUGAGCCGCUCUCGUUAGCGGGGUUUACGUUUUCCCUUCUGGAGGGGGGAGCCGUUUCUUUCGGCUGUUUAUUUAUCUCAGCGGUUCCUGUGUCUCGGGCUCGUUAUAUUUUUACACUACAAAAAAAUAGCAGUGUCGACUUGCGAGGCUGCGCCUCCGCCGACGCACAGUGUCCGCUCAUCGCUCUCGUAGAGAGGGAGGGAGAAUGACUCAGAGAGGGAGAGAGGACGACUCAGAGAUAGGGGGACGACUCAGAUAGGGAGAGAGGACGACUCAGAGAGAGAGGGGACGACUCAGAGAGGGAGAGAGGACGACUCAGAGAGAGGACGACUCAGAGAGAGGACGGCUCAGAGAGGGAGAGAGGACGAUUCAGAGAGAGAGGGAAUGACUCGGAGAGAGAGGACAACUCAGAGAGAGGACGACUCAGAUAGGGAGAGAGGACGACUCAGAGAGAGAGGGAAUGACUCAGAGAGGGAGAAAGGACGACUCAGAGAGAGGACGACUCAGAGAAAGGACGACUCAGAGAGAGGACGGCUCAGAGAGGGAGAGAGGACGACUCAGAGAGAGAACGAUUCAGAGAGGGAGAGAGGACGACUCGGAGGAACCAGGAGGCGGAUCCACAGACGAGGAGUGGGAAAGCAGCAGCAGUAACAGCCAAGGCGGUGUCGCGUCCCACACAUCCCAGGAUUUCCGAGCCCACUUAGACUCUUUCCCGGUGCUGGUGCUGCUGGUCUCGGCCGUCCUGGCCGUUUGUUUCACAGCCAUCAUCGCCGCCUGUGGCUUCUGUAAGUGGUGUCAGCGGACCAUGACCAGGGAAUACAAGGACCCUGCGAAUGAAGAAGGCAGCAUUGGUGAACACAGCUACGAUGGCAGCGUCAAGCUGCGGAACGAAAAGAAGCUGAUGAAUGAUCUUGAUAAAGAUUUUUGGAAUAACAAUGACACUAUGGCCCAUCAGAAAUGGAGCUCCUACCCUCCAAAGGAAUUCAUCCUAAACGUGUCUCCAUACGCUCCGUACGGUGACCCACGACUCUCCCUAAAUGGCACAGUCGUGUCGCACAGCCGGCCAGGCGGUGGGGCCCGGGGCCCGCGGCCCGUCAGCGAGCCCAUCCGAAGCGGGUCGAUGCCGAGCAGCGUGUGCAGCGAUGGGCGAAGCACGGCGCGGCCCGGGCUGGCGUGGCGGACCCUGCAAACACAUUUGGCUUCGGGGAAUCUCAGCCUCGCAAAGCUGGGGGGUCCCGGGAGGGGUGCUGGCUCCGCGCCCGCCCAAGGUCAGCAGGAAGGCGAGUUCGAUCGACGGACAGAGACCCGCUCCUCCAUCUCGGAAAUCGUCAACUCCAUCACGAGUGACAUGCUCAUGAUCUCGCCCGACUCGGACGAGGACACGGGCGCAACGGAGAACCUCGGCAAGAUCCAGUUCAGCGUGGGCUACAGCUUCCAGGACAUGACGCUCACCGUGAAGAUCCUCAAGGCCGUGGAGCUCCCGGCGAAAGACUUCAGCGGCACGAGCGACCCCUUCGUCAAGAUCUACCUGCUGCCCGACAAGAAGAACAAGGUGGAGACCAAGGUGAAGCGCAAGAACCUCAACCCGCACUGGAACGAGACCAUCCUCUUUGAAGGGUUUCCCUACGAGAAGGUCAUCCUGAGAACGCUGUACCUGCAAGUCCUGGACUACGACCGCUUCAGUCGAAACGACCCCAUCGGCGAGGUGUCGCUGCCGCUCAACAAGCUGGACCUGUCCAGCAUGCAGACCUUCUGGAAGGACCUCAAGCCUUGCAGCGACGGCAGCGGGAGUAGAGGGGAGCUGCUGCUGUCGCUCUGCUACAACCCGACAGCCAACAAGAUCACCAUCGCCGUCAUCAAGGCCCGCAAUCUCAAGGCCAUGGACAUCGGCGGCACGUCCGACCCGUACGUCAAGGUGUGGCUGAUGAACAAGGAGAAGAAGGUGGAGAAGAAGAAAACGGAGGUGAAGAAGCGCUGCCUCAACCCCGUGUUCAACGAGACGUUCGUCUUCGACAUCCCCACGGAGAAACUCCGCGAGACCACCAUCGUCGUCACCGUCAUGGACAAGGACAGGUUGAGCCGCAACGACGUCAUCGGCAAGAUCUACCUGUCGUGGAAGAGCGGCCCGGGGGAGGUGAAGCACUGGAAGGACAUGAUCGCCAAGCCCCGGCAGCCCGUGGCGCAGUGGCACCAGCUGAAGGCGUGACCAAACCCAACAGCGACAGAGACGAUAUCAACGACAACAACAACAAUGACGAUGAUGAUGAUCUAAACAACAACUGUGGCCGGUAGGCCGUCUCCGAAGGGAGGCAAGGGCGGCAGAGGGGACAGAGCGAGGGGGUCCGAGAGCCACACUUCCACCCCCAGCAGACUCCUCGUGGCGACGGAGCACGAUGCGGCCGGCGUUGGGGCCCAUGGGGUUUGCGGCUUCUCUCUCCGUCUCUCUUUCUUUUUUUUAUUAUCGCCGUCGGCCGCUCGGCGGAGGCUCUCUCCCCGCGCGCGCCGGUGGCACCCGCUCGUCUCCGUCGUUCUUCCUCUCCAGCGUUCGGUGUCCACGGCGGGAAGCGUUGGUUGCCCGCGGAGGGAAAUGUACCGCGGAAACGUCGGCGGCGGUUCUUCCCUUUUUUUUUGUGUGUGCGCCCGCCGACUUCCAGCAACCGCCAACCCCGUCCCUCGUCAUCCCAUUCCUCUCUCUCCGCGCCGCCGUCUCCGCGAUCGCGGCUCGCUCGGGGGAACGUCGCGUGUCGCCGCUCGAUUUUACCGCGCCGGCCCUGAGCUUUAGGCAGAGGUGGGGGGGGGGGGGGGUGGCGAUCUGGGCACCAAGAGUUGGCGACGUAGCGGGCACCGUUAACGACUUCCGUGUCUCGUAGCGGGCACCGUUAACGACUUCCGUUUCAUAGUAGGCACCGUAACGACUUCCGUUUCAUCGUAGGCACCUUAACGACUUUCAUUUCAUAGUGGGCACCGUAACGAUAUAAGUCUCGUAGCGUGCACCGUAACGACUUCCGUUUCAUCGUAGGCACCUUAACGACUUCCGUGUCUCAUAGUAGGCACCGUUAACGACUUCCGUUUCAUAGUAGGCACCGUAACGACGUCCGUCUCGUUCAUUCCUUUACCUACAUGGCUCGCAAUCUGAGCGUCUGUCGCUGAUCGCGCGUCACACUCGCACGUCACAUCCAACGAUAUCAAACAACAGGGUCAUUCCCAGCCGAUUGCUAUUCUUGGGGAGGUGGUUGGUGGUGGUGGGUGGCGUUGAUCGGGGUGGCACCAAAUUGGUUGCUCGCCGGGGUGGGCCGGGGGGCUUUCGCUUGCGCUACGAGGCCCGGGGGCUGUAAACCGCGUGAUGUUCUAACGCGUCGCUCGCACCGCCACUUGGUUUUGGUUCGGCGAGGCGGUGAAGCCGGGAGCCGCUUGUUACGCUCGCUCGGUGCAGCUCGUGCCCAACUGCCACGGAGCUUUUUCGUCUCACUCCCAUCUCCCUCGCUCGAGUCAAUAUCUUUCGUCUCACUCCCAUCUCAAUCUCUUCUCAACAUCCCUUCCGUCAAGUUGUUUUCGCCGCUCGGACUGCCCGCGACCGCGUGCCGGGAACCGUCCCCGACGCGUUUUGUUUUGAGCCGUCGAUGAGAACUUUUUUUGCGGCUUUGUGUUUUUUUUACACGGGUCGGCUGUAAGCCACGUGACUGCACUGCACACAUUGGUUGUUGUUGUUAUUGUUGUUCUUGUUAUUGUCGUCGUUAAUAUAUUGCUGCGCAUUUUUUGGGGGGGGCAACUGGAAGCUUUACAGAAAAAGCCAUCGUCAUUGCCAACCGAUGAGCGUCGGUUUAAUCUUGGAGUUGUUUGGCGAGUCGGAGGUUGUCGCGAUCGCUGCGUUCUCCAACAGGAAGACGGCGACGUGGUUUGGCGGAGAGUUGCAUCUCGCAAUCCUGCAGCUGUUGCGCGCGCGCGAGUGGCAGCAGUGGUCAGGGUUGGCGCGCUGCGCUACGAGCCCGGCGACCCCGAGUUCGAUUCGCGGCUCACGAACGGUAACAGUGGCGAAUAUCUAAGGUCGACUCAGUCUCGUAGAAUUAUUAGUAUCUGUUUUAUUUCGAUUUAAAGCUUUCGUGACUGCAGGGAUUCAUCUUCUUGGUUCUUUCGGUAAAGUCACGUAGAAGGGAAAUAAUAAAAUAAUAAAAUAAAACAUAAUAAAAUAAAAUAAUAAAUAUUUUAUUAAAAUAAAAUAAUAAUUAUUUUAUUAUGCUUUAUUUAAAAUUUUAUUAUUUUAUUAUUUCCCUUCUACGUGACUUUACCGAAAGAACCAAGAAUAAUGAGUAUCUGGUGCGGUGUGUAAACAAUUGCCACUGGGGAGAAAAAGGCGGCUCGGGCGUGGUGCUGGCCACCCACCCCCUUUUCGUGUGCCGUGCCGGCCUUCAUGGGUGCUCGCUAACAGCACUUGCUCCUAACAGUCUAUUAAAAGGCUGUCUGCGGGUAUGGUUGUCUUUGUGUGUGACCAGACGCUUAUACAUUUAUUCACACCGGGGGCGCAGGUUUGGAGGGGUGCAUCUUCUACUUUCCCGAGCCGUCGUAUAUUCCAGAGAAUUCGGUGCGAACCAAAGAAACUGCUCAACGCUCUUGAACGAUCUUCCAUUUUUUGACUGUUUCUUCUUCUUCUUUGCUUUAAAGAACCCUCUCCGCGCGCCGUUUAACUGCAGUCAAUCUCAGAGGAGCAUCGAGCUCUUUAAGAGCUAGGCUCGGAAACGUUAUUACAAGUUCUGCCCGUUGAGAGAUUGGACACGAAAUGUGACAUUUUUGACUCCACUUUGAAACCAGAUUAAAAAUUAUCUGAGAAUCUUA